GGACAAAGGCCAACGACCGUUUUUUUGUCAACGAGCAUCAUCUCAUUAGCAACAUUACAACUCGCCAAUAACACAAUAGAGUAACAUACUUUGCAAGCAAGCAAUAUGGGUCUUGGACGCUUCAACUGGUACCCAUGGGCCCGCUAUCUUGGACUUAAUUCCGGCUUUUUCAUUCUGACCGGUGGAGUUAUUGGACUAUGGUAUCCCAAAAUGAUUUUGGGUGUCAUUAAUAUUGUUGUCGGGCUCUUCCUCAUGGGGUGGAACUGGCCUGUCGCUCCCUUCACCCUCCUGGGACCAUUCUCUUCAAACUUGUGGAUCCGGGCGGUCUUCCAUGCCGCUGCUAUAGCCCCGAGUAUCCUCCUUGCCCCAACCUCGACGGGAGCAAUGUGCCUUGUCUUUGCUGUAUUGAUGUUUAUUCGAGCGGCCACCAAUGGUGAGAAAUGGGAACCACCAAAGCCAAGGGCAAAGAGGGAUGCUGGUGGAAAGGAUAUGAGUGCCAUCAAAGCGCCCGAGAACUAAAAAAAGGAUGAGGUGUCUGGACACCACUUGGCGGAUUUGUACAUAUUUUGCCCCUUCAGUUGUAUUUUCUUGUGACAUGUCUCUGGUCUCUUUGUCCAAACCCACUCUUGGGACUUUGUGAACAUUGAGCGAUAUAUAUUCCAUAAAUAAAAAAGUGUAGAUUUCACCUUCUAAAACAAACUUUCCAUAUUGCA